UGCAGGAGGUGUGCACUCGCCUGUGAGGCAUGCUGAAGCCAAGAGGCCAGCAGCAUGAGUGCGCACGAUGCUGGCAGCUCGGGCCGGCAGCAGCAGGCCACCUACCACCUGCACAUCUACCCGCAGCUGUCCAGCGCUGGCAGCCAGACCUCUUGCCAUGUGACUGCCACCAAGGACAGCACAGCAAGCGAUGUCAUCCGAGACGUGGUGGCCAGCCUACACCUGGAUGGCUCGAAGCACUAUGUGCUGGUGGAGGUGAAGGAGUCAGGCGGGGAGGAGUGGGUGUUGGAUGCCAGCGACUCACCUGUACACCGAGUGCUACUGUGGCCUCGGCGAGCUCAGGACGAGCACCCUCAGGAGGAUGGCUACUACUUCCUGCUGCAGGAGCGCAAUGCCGAUGGCAGCAUUCAGUACCUGCACAUGCAGCUGCUGGCUCAGCCCACAGCUGCACAUCGCCUGGUGGAGCGAGGGCUAUUGCCCAGGCCACAAGCAGACUUUGACGACCUGUGCAACCUGCCGGAGCUGACUGAAGCCAACCUGCUGCAGAACCUGAAGCUGCGCUUCAUGCAGCAGAAGAUCUACACAUACGCGGGCAGCAUCCUGGUGGCCAUCAACCCCUUUAAGUUCCUGCCCAUUUACAACCCCAAGUAUGUGAAGAUGUAUGAGAACCAGCAGCUGGGCAAGCUGGAGCCACACGUGUUCGCUCUGGCCGAUGUGGCCUACUACGCCAUGCUGCGCAAGCGCGUGAACCAGUGCAUCGUCAUCUCUGGUGAGAGUGGCUCUGGCAAGACACAAAGCACCAACUUCCUCAUCCACUGCCUUACAGCACUCAGCCAGAAGGGGUAUGCCAGUGGCGUUGAAAGGACCAUCCUGGGCGCAGGGCCUGUGCUGGAGGCUUUUGGGAACGCCAAGACAGCCCACAACAACAACUCUAGCCGCUUCGGGAAGUUCAUCCAGGUCAACUACCUGGAGAGUGGCAUCGUGAGGGGAGCUGUUGUGGAAAAAUACCUUCUUGAAAAGUCUCGCCUGGUUUCCCAGGAGAAGGAUGAGCGGAACUACCAUGUGUUUUAUUAUCUCCUGCUGGGUGUCAGUGAGGAGGAGCGCCAGGAAUUUCAGCUGAAACAGCCUCAAGACUAUUUCUACCUCAACCAGCAUAACUUGAAUAUUGAAGAUGGAGAAGAUCUCAAACAUGACUUUGAAAGGCUUCAGCAGGCCAUGGAAAUGGUGGGCUUCCUACCCGCCACCAAGAAGCUGAUCUUCUCUGUCCUCUCAGCCAUCCUGUACCUUGGCAAUGUCACCUACAAGAAAAGAGCCACAGGCCGGGAUGAAGGCCUGGAGGUUGGGCCACCAGAGGUGUUGGACACCCUAUCCAAGCUCCUGAAGGUAAAGCGGGAGACCCUGGUGGAGGUCCUAACCAAGAGAAAAACGGUUACGGUCAAUGACAAACUCAUCCUGCCUUACAGCCUCAGUGAGGCCGUAACUGCACGGGACUCCAUGGCCAAGUCUCUGUACAGUGCCCUGUUUGACUGGAUUGUGCUGAGGAUCAACCACGCCCUCCUCAACAAGAAGGACAUGGAAGAGGCUGUUUCCUGCUUGUCCAUUGGCGUCCUGGACAUCUUUGGGUUUGAGGACUUUGAACAGAAUAGCUUCGAGCAGUUUUGCAUCAACUACGCCAACGAGCAGUUGCAGUACUACUUCACCCAGCACAUCUUCAAGCUGGAGCAGGAGGAAUACCAGGGUGAGGGCAUCUCGUGGCACAACAUUGACUACACCGACAACGUGGGAUGUAUCCACCUCAUCAGCAAGAAGCCCACUGGCCUCUUCUACCUGCUGGACGAGGAGAGCAACUUCCCACAUGCCACAAGCCACACUCUGCUGGCCAAGUUCAAGCAGCAGCAUGAGGACAAUAAGUACUUCCUGGGCACACCAGUCCUGGAGCCCGCCUUCAUCAUCCAGCACUUCGCAGGCAGAGUGAAAUACCAGAUCAAGGACUUCCGGGAGAAGAACAUGGACUACAUGCGGCCUGACAUCGUGGCACUGCUAAGGGGCAGUGACAGCUCCUAUGUGCGCCAGCUCAUCGGCAUGGACCCGGUAGCUGUGUUCCGCUGGGCUGUACUUCGUGCAGCCAUCAGGGCCAUGGCUGUGCUGCGGGAGGCUGGGCGCCUGCGUGCAGAGAGAGCGGAGAAGGCAGCAGCAGGUAUAAGUAGCCCUGUCACUCGAAGUCACAUGGAAGAGCUACCAAGAGGAGCCAAUACCCCUUCAGAAAAACUGUACCGCUGCACAGGGCUAGACUUCUCCUUUGAGCGCUCUGAGGAGCUGGAUGUUAACGCUUUUGAGGACAUCAUGGCUUUCUAUGAGAGCAGGAACGAUUUGCAUAACCAAAUCAUCAAGAGCCUCAAAGGACUGCCAUGGCAGGGCGAGGACCCGCGGAGGCUUCUCCAGUCCCUCAGUCGGCUCCAGAAGCCCCGCACCUUCUUCCUGAAGAGUAAAGGUAUCAAACAAAAGCAGAUCAUUCCCAAGAACCUGCUGGACUCUCGGUCCCUGAGGUUCAUCAUCAGCAUGACACUGCACGACCGGACGACCAAGUCGCUGCUGCAUCUGCACAAGAAGAAGAAGCCCCCCAGCAUCAGUGCGCAGUUCCAGACAUCUCUUAACAAACUGUUGGAGGCACUGGGCAAGGCCGAGCCCUUCUUCAUCCGCUGCAUUCGCUCCAAUGCCGAGAAGAAGGAGCUGUGCUUUGAUGAUGAGCUGGUGCUGCAGCAGCUGCGCUACACAGGCAUGCUGGAGACCGUGCGCAUCCGGCGCUCUGGCUACAGCGCCAAGUACACCUUCCAGGACUUCACAGAGCAGUUCCAGGUGCUGCUGCCCAAGGAUGUCCAGCCCUGUAGAGAGGCCAUUGCUGCCCUGCUGGAGAAGCUGCAGGUGGACAGGCAGAACUACCAGAUUGGGAAGACAAAGGUCUUCCUGAAGGAGACAGAGCGGCAGACCCUGCAGGAGAGGCUUCAUGGUGAGGUCCUGCACAGGAUUCUGCUGCUGCAGAGUUGGUUCCGUAUGGUGCUGGAACGCAGGCACUUCAUGCAGAUGAAGCAUGCUGCCUUGACCAUCCAGGCCUGCUGGCGGUCUUACCGUGUGCGCCGUGCCCUGGAGAGGACACAGGCAGCUGUGUACCUGCAGGCUGCCUGGAGGGGCUACCUGCAGAGACAGGCCUACCACCACCAGAGGCAUAGCAUCAUCCGUCUGCAGAGCCUCUGCCGUGGCCACCUGCAGCGCAGGAGCUUCAGCCAGAUGGUGUCAGAGAAGCAGAAGGCAAAGCAAGCCAGGGAGGCUGCAGGAGCAGAGAUGUCAGAGGGCGAGCCAGGCCCUGUGGCCUCUGGGGAGCAGCUGUCCAAGCACCCUGUGGAGAACCUUGAGAGCCUGAGUGUGGAGGCUGAAAUCUGGGUGAAUAACAGGUCCCCAGAUGGCACAUCACCUAAGAAAGAGACACCAAGCCCGGAGAUGGAGACCCCAGCCCAAAAAACAGUGCCAGCUGAAAGUCAUGAGAAAGUCCCCAGUAGCCGGGAGAAGCGAGAAUCACGGCGACAGCGAGGGUUGGAGCAUGUUGAACGACAGAAUAAACACAUCCAGUCUUGCAAGGAGGAGAGUAGCACCCCUGGAGAACCUUCCAGAAGGGCAAGCCUGGAAACAGAGGAGAGCUUCCCUGAGGACACAAAGGGACCCAGAGAAGAUGGACUUGAGUCAUGGACUGAGACCACAGCCCCCUCUUGUCCAAAGCAGGUGCAGGUUGUGGGAAACCCACCUGGGAGUCCCAGUCCCAUGCAGAGGCCCACUAGCCUGGCCCUAGACACUAGGGUUAGCCCAGUGCUCCCCAGCAGCUCCCUGGAAUCCCCCAAGGAUAAGGAUAAGCAUGAGAACAACACCAAGGCUCAGGACAAGCCCGAGAGUCCCAGUGGCUCUACCCAGAUCCAACGAUACCAGCACCCAGACACAGAGCGGCUGGCUACUGCUGUGGAGAUAUGGCGAGGCAAGAAGCUCGCCACUGCAAUGCUGAGCCAAUCCCUGGACCUGAGUGAGAAGCACCGGGCUCCAGGGGCAGCCCUGACUCCCACAGAGGAGAGGCGCAUCUCUUUCUCCACCAGUGAUGUCUCCAAGCUGUCCCCGGUCAAGGUACAGACUUCAGCUGAAAUUGAUGGGGAUUUGAGCAGCAAGAAGCCAGCCAUCCAUAAGAAGAAGUCAGGAGAUCCAUCUGCUGGUCCCGAUGCAGGCCUGUCUCCAGGCUCCCAGGGUGACUCUAAAUCUGCAUUUAAGCGGCUCUUCCUGCACAAAGCCAAGGAUAAGAAGCCCAGCCUGGAGGGUGUGGAGGAGACAGAGGGCAGUGGAGGGCAGGCUGCACAGGAGGCCCUGGCCAGGAAGACUCUAGACGUGCCAUCUAGCCAGCAGUACCGCCACACCACAGGCGAGAAGCCUCUGAAAGGGAAGAAGAACCGAAAUCGCAAGGUUGGCCAGAUCACAGUGUCCGAGAAGUGGCGAGAGUCGGUGUUCCGUAAAAUCACUAAUGCCAAUGAGCUCAAGUUUCUGGACGAGUUCCUGCUCAACAAGGUGAACGACCUUCGCUCACAGAAGACACCCAUUGAAAGCUUGUUCAUUGAGGCCACUGAGCGCUUCAGGAGCAACAUCAAGACCAUGUAUUCUGUCCCUAAUGGGAAGAUCCAUGUGGGCUACAAGGACCUGAUGGAGAACUACCAGAUCGUUGUCAGUAACCUGGCUGCCGAGCGUGGGCAGAAGGACACCAACCUGGUCCUCAAUGUCUUCCAGUCGCUGCUGGAUGAGUUCACCCGCAGCUACAACAAGACCGACUUUGAGCCUGCCAAGCAGAGCAAAGCCCAGAAGAAAAAGCGGAAGCAGGAACGUGCUGUCCAGGAACACAAUGGACAUGUGUUCGCCAGCUACCAGGUGAACAUCCCGCAGUCCUGUGAGCAGUGUCUGUCCUACAUCUGGCUCAUGGACAAGGCCCUGCUGUGCAGUGUGUGCAAGAUGACCUGCCACAAGAAGUGCGUGCACAAGAUUCAGAGCUAUUGCUCCUACACUGGAAGGAGGAAGAGUGAACUGGGUGCCGAACCAGGCCACUUCGGAGUGUGUGUAAACAGCCUGACCAGUGACAAGGCCUCUGUGCCCAUUGUGCUGGAGAAGCUUCUGGAACACGUAGAGAUGCAUGGCCUGUAUACCGAGGGCCUUUACCGCAAGUCAGGCGCUGCCAAUCGGACACGGGAAUUACGCCAGGCACUGCAGACAGACCCUGCCGCAGUUAAGCUGGAAGACUUCCCUAUCCAUGCCAUCACUGGGGUCCUGAAGCAAUGGCUGCGGGAGCUGCCUGAGCCACUCAUGACUUUCGCCCAGUAUGGAGACUUCCUCAGGGCUGUUGAGCUUCCAGAGAAGCAGGAGCAGCUGGCUGCCAUCUACGCAGUCCUGGACCACCUGCCUGAAGCCAACCACACCUCCCUGGAACGACUCAUCUUCCACCUUGUCAAAGUGGCCUUGCUUGAAGAUGUGAACCGCAUGUCUCCGGGAGCUCUAGCUAUCAUCUUCGCGCCCUGCCUGCUUCGCUGCCCUGACAACUCUGACCCCCUGACCAGCAUGAAAGAUGUACUGAAGAUUACCACGUGUGUGGAGAUGCUCAUCAAAGAACAGAUGCGGAAGUACAAGAUGAAGAUGGAGGAGAUCAGCCACCUGGAGGCAGCCGAGAGCAUUGCAUUCCGCAGGCUCUCCCUGUUGAGGCAGAAUGCUCCGUGGCCUCUCAAACUGGGGUUUUCGUCUCCCUAUGAGGGGGUCCGGACCAAAAGCCCCAGGAGCCCAGUGGUCCAAGACCUGGAGGAGCUGGGGGCUCUCCCUGAGGAGGCAGCAGGUGCCGACGAGGACCGAGAAAAGGAGAUUCUCAUGGAAAGGAUCCAGUCCAUCAAGGAAGAGAAGGAGGAUAUCACAUAUCGACUGCCGGAGCUAGACCCGCGGGGUUCUGACGAGGAGAACCUUGACUCAGAAACAUCAGCGAGCACUGAGAGCCUGCUGGAGGAGAGGGGCGUGCGGGGGACCGUGGAAGGGCCCCCCGCACCUGUUCUCCCCUGCCCCAUUUCACCCACCCCAAGUCCCCUCCCCGCGGCCGCCGCCCCUCCACGAGGAAGGCCGACAUCCUUCGUCACGGUCAGAGUGAAGACACCCCGGAGGACGCCCAUCAUGCCCAUGGCCAACAUCAAGCUCCCUCCGGGCCUGCCCUUGCACCUGACGAGCUGGGCGCCUGCUCUCCAGGAGGCCGUUGUUCCAGUGAAGCGCCGUGAGCCACCCGCCCGCCGACAGGACCAGGUACAUUCCGUAUACAUCGCCCCUGGGGCUGACCUGCCAUCACAGGGUACGCUGGUACCCUUGGACCACGAUGCCAUACUUCGUGGGGCCAAACGCAGGUACUCGGACCCCCCUACCUACUGCCUGCCUCCCAGCUCCGGCCAGGCCAAUGGCUGAGGACUGUGGCUGCCAGUCUGCAGGCCCUGAAAUCCACGAACUGGCAUCCCAGCUGUGGAGCUGGCCUUCACUCUCUGAGAAGGAUCUAAAACGAGAAGCUCUCAGAGGGAUGCAGUGGCCGGCUCUGUGUGUUGUGGAGGCUGGGGGUAGGGGCUGCUGGCCAGGAGCCAUCAGAGCCCCAACCUGCACAGCAGUGGUCCCUUUGUACUUUGAGUAACUCUUUGUCUUUUUGUGGUUUACAUAGCUUUUAAGUUCAUAACAGCCUUAGUGGAGGACCAAACUUUGUAUGUGUAUGUCUGAGCUUUUAUACUAACUGUCCACCUCUGUAACCUGGACAUGGGCAAGGCAAGCCUGCCAAAUGGACAUGUGGGCCACACCUGGCUACUGCACUCCACAGCAGUGGAUAGCAGACUCACAGGACAUCUGUUACCAUCUUGAGUGCCUCCCAGCAGUGGCCUUCUGGCCAGAGAACCUUCCAGAGAUUGUUGAAGCUUUCCACAGGGACACGGCUGAAGGCAGGACAGGAACGGGACGUCCCUGCAGGGAAACCUGACAUCCAGGGAAACCCGAAUGUCGCCCACAGCUCUGCCCACUGUGCCUGUGGGAUGCAAGGAGCCAGGAACUUGGGACCUUUAGGAACAAGCAGUGCAUGUCCUGAAUUUCUUCCGUAGCCGCGGUGACAGCCUGGGCUCUUUAGAGGCUGGCUCUCUUCCCAGGCUCUACCCAGUCCUGGACACAGGGAAGCUCCACAGGAGGUGUGAAAUAAAAGUGCUUGAGAAGUGUUA